AUGGCUCUCAGCCAGCGACUUGCUCGCCAGCUGCAAAAAGAGCUCCUCUCCAAUGCCUCCCGCCAGGUCGCUCCCCGAAUCGCUCGUCGAACGUUUCUCUCGCCGUCCACCGCUCGCAGCACUCCUCAGACCAAGCUCGUUCACCGCCAACACCGCCAAUUCUCCCACACCGCUGUCCGCGCCGCAAGCCAAGCAGAGGUCGCACCCAAUGCCAAAGCCUACCUCGAAAGCGGCGCCAUUGCCGGCGGACAAAACCUCGUCGACGUGAACAAAGUCCUGGUCAUUGGCUCCGGCGGUCUCGCCAUCGGUCAAGCCGGUGAAUUCGACUACUCCGGUUCGCAAUGUCUCAAGGCACUGAAAGAGGCGGGCAUCAAGUCGAUUCUGAUCAACCCCAACAUUGCUACCAUUCAGACCGCCCACGUGCUGGCGGAUGAGAUCUACUACCUCCCCGUCACUCCGGAGUAUGUCACCUAUGUGAUUGAAAAGGAGAGGCCGGAUGGUAUCUUCUUGUCGUUUGGUGGACAGACUGCGCUCAACUUGGGUGUCAAGAUGGACGAGAUGGGAAUCUUCGAGAGGUACAAUGUCAAGGUGUUGGGAACCAGUGUGCAGACGUUGAAGACGAGCGAGGAUCGAGAUCUCUUCGCGAAAGCAUUGAAGGAGAUCAACAUCCCCAUUGCGGAAUCGAUCGCUGUGUCCACCAUUGACGAGGCACUACAAGCUGCCGAUACCGUCGGAUACCCGAUCAUCGUUCGUGCUGCCUACGCGCUGGGAGGUCUUGGAUCUGGAUUCGCGGACAAUGCGGAGGAGCUUCGCAACUUGGCUGCGCGAUCCCUCACUCUCUCCCCUCAGAUUUUGGUCGAAAAGUCGCUCAAGGGAUGGAAGGAAGCUGAGUAUGAGGUCGUACGUGACGCUUCGGAUAACUGCAUCACCGUCUGCAACAUGGAAAACUUCGAUCCGCUGGGUGUCCACACUGGAGACAGCAUUGUCGUGUCUCCUUCGCAAACCUUCAGCGAUGAGGAAUACCACAUGCUCCGCUCUGCCUCGAUCAAGAUCGUCCGUCAUCUCGGUGUCGUGGGAGAGUGCAAUGUGCAAUACGCUUUGCAACCUGAUGGUCUCGACUACCGUGUGAUUGAAGUCAACGCUCGCUUGUCUCGUUCCUCUGCCCUCGCCUCGAAAGCUACUGGAUACCCCUUGGCAUACACCGCCGCGAAGAUCGGUCUCGGACACACUCUUCCCGAAUUGCCCAACGCCGUCACCCGCACCACAACUGCCAACUUCGAGCCUUCUCUUGACUACAUCGUUACAAAGAUCCCUCGAUGGGACCUGGCCAAGUUCCAGAAUGUCGACCGUCACAUCGGCUCUGCCAUGAAAUCCGUCGGAGAAGUCAUGGCCAUUGGUCGUACAUUCGAAGAGUCCUUCCAAAAAGCCAUUCGCCAAGUUGAUCCACGCUUCCACGGCCUGCAAGGUGACAAGUUUGAAGACCUCGAUGAUGUUCUCCGCAACCCCACCGAUCGCCGAUGGCUCGCUGUUGGACAGGCUAUGCUCCACGAGGGAUACUCUGUCGACAAAGUGAAUGAACUCUCGAAGAUCGACAAAUGGUUCCUGUACAAGAUUCAAAACAUCGUCGACUGCACCCACGAACUGCAAAACAUCGGCUCCCUCUUCGGCGUCAAAAAGGAACUCAUGCUCAAAGCGAAGAAACUCGGAUUCAGCGACAUUCAAAUCGCGAAAGCGGUCAACAGCACUGAAGAUGAGGUCCGCGCGAGGAGGAAGAACUUCGGUAUCCGUCCGUGGGUCAAGAAGAUCGACACGCUCGCUGCGGAAUUUCCUGCUGAUACCAACUACCUCUACACUACCUACAACGCUUCGAGCCAUGAUGUCAAGUUUGACGACCACGGUGUUAUCGUGCUGGGUUCCGGUGUGUACCGCAUUGGAUCUUCGGUCGAGUUCGACUGGUGUGCUGUCAAUGCGACUUUGUCGUUGAAGGAGUUGGGGAAGAAGACUGUUAUGAUCAAUUACAAUCCCGAGACGUACUCCACCGACUUCGACGUGCCCGACCGCCUCUACUUUGAAGAACUGAGCUACGAACGUGUCAUGGACAUUUACGAACUGGAAUCCUCUACUGGUGUUGUCGUCUCUGUCGGAGGUCAACUCCCUCAGAACAUGGCCCUGAAGCUCCAAGAGACUGGCAAAGCCAAGGUGCUCGGAACUGACCCCAAGGACAUUGACAAAGCCGAAGAUCGUCACAAGUUCUCUCAGAUCCUUGACUCCAUCGGUGUUGACCAACCAGCCUGGAAGGAACUCACCUCUUACAAGGAAGCCCAAGACUUCGCUAACGAAGUUGAAUACCCCGUCCUCGUCCGUCCCAGCUACGUCCUUUCAGGCGCCGCCAUGACCGUCAUUCGCUCGGAGUCCGAACUGGAAGAGAAGCUCCUCGCCGCCGCCAACGUCUCCCCCGACCAUCCCGUCGUCAUCACCAAAUUCAUUGAAGGCGCCCUCGAAAUCGACUGCGAUGCCGUCGCUCACAAUGGCAAGCUCCUCGUUCACGCCGUCAGUGAACACGUCGAGAACGCGGGUGUCCACUCUGGUGAUGCCUCUCUCGUCCUCCCACCCGCCCACCUCCCUGCUCGCACCAUCGAGCGCGUCAAGGAGAUUGCCCAAAAAGUCGCCAAGGCCUGGUCCAUCACCGGUCCCUUCAACAUGCAAAUUAUCUCCGCCACUAAUCCCGAGGAUCCUUCUGGCGAUCCCCUUCUCAAAGUCAUCGAGUGCAAUCUCCGCGCUUCCCGCUCUUUCCCCUUCGUCUCCAAAGUUCUCGGAACAAACUUCAUCGACGUCGCCACCAAGGCUUUGGUCGGAAAAGACGUCCCUGAACCUGUCGACCUCAUGGCUGUGACGCGCGACUACCUCGCCGUCAAGGUCCCGCAAUUCUCAUGGACCCGUCUCGCCGGCGCAGACCCCUACCUCGGCGUGGAAAUGGCGUCGACCGGAGAAAUGGCCUGUUUCGGAACAAACCUCGUCGAAGCCUACUGGACCGCUAUGCAAUCCACCAUGAACUUCCGCCUCCCUCUCCCCGGUGAGGGACUCCUCUUUGGCGGCGACACUUCCACCCCGGACUUGGGUAAGAUCGUAGACUACCUCACUCCUCUGGGAUACAAACUCUUCGCGGCGAAUGAGGAGGUAAAAGCACACCUCGAGUCGACCUCCAAGGAUGGUAGCGUCAGUGUGCAGGUGAUUGAAUUCCCGAAGGAAGACAAGAGGGCGUUGAGGGAGGUUUUCGAACAGUAUGAUAUCAAGGGGGUGUUCAACCUCGCGAAGAGGAGGGCGAGUAGUAUGGUGGAUGAGGAUUAUGUGAUGAGGAGGAAUGCGGUGGAUUUUGGGGUGCCGUUGUUCAUGGAGCCGAGGACUGCCGUCCUCUUCGCUCAGUGCAUGAGUGAGAAAUUGCCCAAGGGAGAGGGGAUUCCGAGUGAGGUGAGGAGGUGGAGUGAUUUUAUUGGAGGGAAGCCGUUGUAG